AGGGAGUGGGAGAGGAGGGUGAGGGGUACUCACAAAGAUGUUGCGUGAUUUUUUGGAAAUUUAUUUAUUUAAAUAAAAAUGGCCGCCGCAGAGAGCGGAGAGGAGAGACUGUAAGUGUGCAUCGCAUCCAUUCCCGUUGUCACGGAUUCCAAUGUCAGGCGUCGCGAGCGGCGAUGGCGUCGGUUUUGAUCGUCGCUGUGAUAUUUUAUCAGGCGGGCGCAGGCUGAGGGGGGAAUGUUAGCUGCGCUAGCUUGCGAAAGGCGUUGAGAAUACGUCACUCACAUUUCUCCCGCUCUUUUUUCCACGAUCAGCGGACACUUUGUGCGGCACGCUUUAAUCCGGUGUCGUUUUCUGACUUGACUUCAAAAACUCUCCUGAAAUCUGGAGCAAAGGGCUGCCUGGGGUUUUGGACGCACACAUGUUUUGUUUUGCUGAUAAUCGCGCGAACAUUAACGGCGCUCCUGUGUUGUUUAAUUCCGAAGCGCGCGCUAGCUGUCAAAAACAGCAUACUGAAGUAAGUUAGCUCGCCUGUGGCGCUGCAGGAAAAGGAAGGGGACCAAAAUGAAAUUUGCUCCAGAUAGAUCUGCCUGUCCUGUUGUGGAAAGGCUUGCCUGAGUGCUUAGAAAUGAGGUUAAUAGGUGAGGAGAAGAAUGAAGACCAGGAGGGCUCAAAAGACAAGACGCAGAAGCAGAAGAAAAACAAAAGGGAACGGCAAGAUGUGGAAAAACUUGAGGCCACAGUGUCUGUUCCUCCACCCCCGCCCCUCCUUACGCAGGGGGAUGUUGGACAACAGACGGAGGCAGGGAAGUCUGAACCCAUUGACCCUGAAGUUGGAGCUGCUCUCAGCGCUCCAGAAUCUUCCGCAGCAGCCAAGCAGCGGCGUUCCAUCAUUCGGGACAGAGGCCCACUGUAUGACGACCCUUCACUGCCUCAAGGGUGGACGCGCAAGCUGAAACAGCGCAAGUCGGGGAGAUCUGCUGGAAAAUUUGAUGUCUACCUGAUCAACCCAGAAGGGAAAGCCUUCCGUUCCAAAGUGGAGCUCAUGGCAUACUUCCAAAAGGUGGGCGAUACCACCACGGAUCCUAAUGACUUUGACUUCACAGUCACGGGCCGCGGGAGCCCCUCUCGCAGAGAAAAGAGACCGCCAAAGAAGCCUAAAGUGGUUAAACCCUCCGGUCGUGGGAGGGGUCGGCCAAAGGGCAGUGGCAAGGUACGACAGGCCACGGAAGGGGUGGCUGUAAAGCGUGUCAUAGAAAAGAGUCCAGGAAAACUACUCGUAAAGAUGCCCUUUGUGGCCCCCAAAACUGAACCAGGGGCUCCAGUGGGGCAAGCACCAGUUGCCAAAGUGCGCAGAGGCCGCAAACGGAAAUCGGAACAGGAACCGGCAAGCACGCCCAAAAAACGUGGCCGCAAGCCAGCAGCUGCUACGCAAUCGGCGGUGGGGAUGGGCCCAGCCACCGCGUACGCCACUGCAGCCAUCCUCACUGCUGAGGCCAAGAAAAAAGCUCAGAAGGAGUCUUCCGUAAAGCCUGUUCAGGAGAGGGCACUUCCCAUCAAGAAACGCAAAACUCGAGAGACUUUAGAGGAGUUGGAAGGAUCCACCGCUUCCACAACAGAGACGUUUGCACCAGGGAUAGCAAAACGACUGACUGCAUCAACGGUGACCCCGACAGGGGAGGAGGUAGAAACGGGACAGAAGUCUCACAAGCUUCCUAGCCGGAAGCACAAAGAGGCAUCUACAGAUCCGGGGAACGGCAGCAGCAGCAGCAGCGGGACGGCAACCAGCGGCAGUGGCAGCGGACCGAAGAGUCACAAGAAGAGAGAUCAUCGAGGGCAGCACUUUAAACACCACCACCAUCAUUACCACCACCAACACCACCAUCUGCAGGCCAUGCCGCCCUCCACCUACACUCCGCAGGCUCACCAGCUCUCCCUGGGUCACUCCACGCAAGGGGGGCCGCCUGCGACCAUCGAAAACGAACCCCAGGACUUGAGCACCUCCAAGCCCAGAGCGGAGCAUGUGGCCUGCAGGGAGGAAGCGAGAACUGAUAGCUCCUCGAGCAGGGACGCUCAGAACACAAGCAAGAUGGCCUCCUCUGACCUGAGAGGGCAGCAGAUGACUGUGACGGGGGAUGGCAAGGAGCUGAGAGACAUUGUGCCUCCCUCCGCUGUUCCGAGGCCGAGCCGAGAGGAAACGGUCGAGUCCCGGACACCAGUGAGCGAGCCAGUGAGCUGACUGACUAAGUGACUGAUUGACAGCGGCUUUGCGCGUGAGGCGGAGGCAGAGGCGGUCAUGGCGAGACGAGUGAUUUUUUUUGUUCUUUUUUACUGAGGAAAAAAAGAAAAAGUAGACAAAAAUGUAAACGUACUUAAACAAAAGGCAGCUGUUGUGUCUCGUUCUCUCUGUGGGAUGGACGCGGGGGCGAUAAUUCUCUUGCUUCCGAUUGAAUUCUCCGCUAAACCUUUUUCUUUAUGGUUUCCUUUGAUUUCCCACUAUAUCUUUGUAUUAGUAUAUCUUAGCACUCACCUAAACCAGUUAUUCCUUUGUCGGAGCUUGUAGGAAGUAGAAACACACUCAAGUGGUAAUGGAUGCACAAGUCACACGCCAUAGUUGUCGUAAAGUGAAACUUUCCGAUCAAAAAUGCUCUCCAAAGUACUAAAAUGCCUCAUAGUCAUGUCAUCUCAACCCUAGCAAAAAGGUGACCAAUCAGUGUGUUCUUCCUUUUGUGUCUAAAACGAAUGGGCUAGUCUAAUGGCAAGCUGGAGAAAACAGGGCCACAUUUCCACCUUUUCCAUUUGAGUCGGACGCAGCUGUUGCAGCAUCCUCACCUUUGAAGUAAGACGCUAGCUUAACUCCGACAGAAAAGAACUUCCUAGUUGUGGGUUCGUGCCAAGCUGACCUGUGAAGAUCAAUUGAAUUUGGAAGUAGUGUUUCCCGUGAGUUGUUGAUAUUUUAAGCGCAGAUCUAUUAAUUAUCAGAAGUUCAGUUAACCUAAUCAACAGUUUCGGAGGUGAGUGAGAAAAUGCGACUAGAGCGGAAAGCUCUAUUAUUUAUUUUCUCUGGUGGGGAAGAUAAAGCACAAAUGUAUUUGUUAGGGAAUAUUGAAAGCACAGUCCAGCGUAGCAUCUUGAGUAGAUGUCAACUCGCAUAAAAGAAUAGAACUAAAGGAGUUUGUUAUGUUUACCUGCUUUUUUCCCAUGAAGUACAAUUUAAAGAGUGGCCUUGUGUUCUUGUGACAAAUCCCUAAAAAAAAAAAAAUGAUGUAGCUUUUGGUUUUAUUGUGUGUGUGGUUAUAGACUAAUGCCAUAGAGCUGCUGUUCUAAAAAUGAUUUGGACGGGAGAGUUAAUAGAUGGCUAUAUUUAUAUAAUGUCUUGUCAGGCUUUAGCUGUGUCAAAUGCAUGGGUUGCUGAUGUUUGCGUGCUAUUUAUUACAGUACUCCGACGUUGUCUUUCUUGUACAUAAAGCCAGGUUUAGCACUAAAGAUGAGGGUUAAAGAUUAAACAUUUUGAAUUAUGAGUAUUAUGAAACAUUACUUUGCAACAAAUGAAAGAAAAUCUUGCAUUCAAUGUAAAAGGCCAUGCAAUCAAGAAUAGUUCUAUUAGUUUUCUAAAGCCUACUUUUUCUAAAUGACAGAGAACAUUUGCAAUCAGAAAGAAGAACACCUAAUCAUGAAGUUGUUAGAGAUUGGACAUGCUAAAGAUGUCUAAUUUGAUUGUACCUUCGAGAUGAAAUGUUAUUCUGAACCAAAACUGAGGAAGUUCUUCUUUGUUCAUUAUGUAAUAUUGAUUAGGAUUUUACAAAAACUUGACAGCACUUUUUCGGUUUCAUUUUUGUUUCUUCUUCUAGAUGAAUUGCACCUUACAUUUAAAGCACCUUCACAGAAUCAAAUAUUGGAAUAGUGAGAAACCUACCCAUUUAUUUGCAUUAUACAUUUUUCUUGUUAGCUUUGCACAGACUUCUGUUUCAUGUCCGGAGGUUGUAACUUUCUUCAGAUGUGUGCUAGAAUAGAAUGCAUGAUCAGUGUCAUUAUAAAGAGCCAUUCUUUUGUUUAGAAUGGCUUUUUCUACAAAACAAUACCCCAUAUUUACCAAAUUGUUAUGCAUAAAGGCUACAUUUCACUAAUAAUAGUGUUGGGUCAGGUCCGAGUCGAGUAGUCCUUAGUCAAUUGAAUAUGAGUGGGAAACCGUUUUUAUUGUCUUGUCAUUUUAAUUUUAUGUGGUUACUUAUUUUUAUAUAAAAUGUUAUACAUGACGUGGAUUCGACUGUACUCGUCAAAAAAAAUCUGAAAUGUCAUAAUCUGUGUCCAACCGAGCUCAUUUAUAAGUGUGAGUGGAAGUACCACAUCUCUUUUUGUGGCCAGUAAUGAGAUGACAAAGGGAGUUAUGUGACUCUUUGUGCUUGUCUCAUCGAAUAGAAAUAAAUCAAAUAAAAAAUAUAUAUAAACAUUAGACAUAUAUAGAUAUAACAUUAAAUCCAAACCACACAAUUUCAGUUAUUAUGUAGAAAACCAAUAGUUACAGACCUCUGGGUCUGAUGUUAUCACAGAUUUUAAUUUUGUAUUCUAGAUAUUGCAAUUGCUGUUUUGAUUGAGAGUUGCUGCUCCUUUUUUUUGCCCCCUCAAAGUAUUGUGUUCUGUUUUGUUUGUGUAUGAAAUCUUAUACAUUUACGGUUAUUGAUGGAUAUGCAUCGUCACUGACAUAAAUGGUGAAAAAAAUAUGUACGACUAAACCUUAAUCAGUCAUAACACUCAGCACUUGUUAAAUCUUUUUGUCUGGUACUUCAUCUAGAGUAGGGUGUUGUUUUUGAUGCUCUCAUUUAGGGGUUCAGAUUAGAAAGAGAACUUACCAGCCUUUUUUUUUCUUCUCCCAAGUGUGUUUUAGAGUAGACUUGUUAUCUGGAAUCUUAAAUAUAUAUAUUUUUUGUCACUAAAUGUGUAGAUUAAAUUACGAUCGACAAUCACGAGGAACAUUGCAUAUUUAUUUUCCCCCUCAAGUCUUGUUAAGAUUGAAAGCGUCUCCAUUCUCUUCCUCCAGCCUCCCGCUCUCUCGACCCUCACGGGGAAGAGGCACAGAGAAUAAAAGAGCGUUUCCGCUCCGAACAAGGGCUAUGUAAUCAUUUCAAGUAGUCAAAAGCAGAUGAAGGAAAUGGAUUUUUAAGUCAGAGGAACGCAAGGUCUGGUCCUCGCUGCAAAGACAAACCCAGUUAAUUGCUUGAGGUCAAACUGGAGACUUUUAAGUGUUAAAGUCAAACACCACCGGCUCACCCUCUGUCCUCAGCAGAGUCUGAGCGCUCACUCAACUGGCGGCUGACGUUGUGACCUAUCUGCGGUGAACGUCUCCCUGGUCGGACUAAACUCGGGUGGGAGAUCGGAGGUAGACGAAUGGGUUCCUCGGCGAGCACAUUUCUCGGUUACAGGUUCUGAACAGUAGCGAAACCUCCAGACAUGAAUUGAAGUUACGACUCACAAGCUGCAUCAGUCUGGCUGAAACAGAAAGGGUAGUGCCUUUAUUUUGGGAGACUUAUUAAGGUGGUAGAAGUGACCUUUGAUUCUAAAGAAACCCCUUUAUCCCAAUGAAGCAACGUGGAAGGUGAAUUUACUCAAAUGCUUAGAUUUUACUUGGUAUUUUUAAAUAGGUAGAAUGUGCACUGGUGUGUGUGUUGUAACUAGGGUUUCAUUGUUGUUCAUUUUUCUUUUUUCCCAUCAGCUGGCCGAUUGCGUCCACCUAGAAAUGAUGUAUUGUAAAGAACUUCUUGCCUUUUGUAGCCCACUGACAAAAAUGGAGCCCUACAAAUGGGUAAAGACAGAAUAAGAAGAUUACUUUUAUUAUUUAUAUAUGUUGGUUUUUGUUUUAUUUCCUUAUUUGUUUGGGUUAUUUGUGCCUCUGGCAGUGAAAUAUGCUUUGGAAUGUCCUUGUGUCCCUGUAGCCAAAAAUACAUGCUAUGUACGUGAACAUGUAUCAGUAUGCAUGAUUGCCAUUAGAAGAUAGGACAUUGCUUGCCCUUUACUAUUAUAUAUAAUGAUGAGCUGAGCCCAAACACACCAACCGAAUCCGAAGGGUUUAACGAGGUAUAAAAUACUGAAUGUGUUCUGUUUAAUGAAGGUUGUGCACUUCAGUCUGUUUAAUAUGAACAGAUUUGUUUCAUUAACUAAUGGUAGCCGAGUUUGGACUUCAAAUGCCAUUCCUUGUAGUGGCUAAAGUAAUUUGUAGAUUUCUGUCUUAGAUUUAUUUUUAUUAGUACUAAUUUUUUUUAUUAUUAUUAUUUUUCAAUUAUAAAUCCAACUUUGGAAAUAGAGUGUUUUAUCUUCAUAGCAAUAGUAUGAUAAUAUACCCAGCAGAUCGGAUAUUAGUUUUCUCCUUUAGUAUGUUUCUGAUUUGUGUAACGGUAGGACUGAAGUAAACGAAAUUUACCCUUACGAAUAAAAUACAGCACUUUGAAUCGUGCAAGGAGGAUCAUUUCAAGUCAAAUGAAACAGAAGUUAAACUAUAAGAAAUAGAUUCCAGUUCCACCGUGGUAGAAAGUUCAUGGUCUAUUUAACAUAGUCUUGUGCCUUGAAGUUUCAGUAAUAGACUUUAUCUUUAUACUGUAGUAUACUGUUUUUAUUCCAAGUCCUGUGUUUGCCUCUUGUUGGUAUUCAGUGCUUUGGAUGUAUUAAGGAUUUAUAGAGAUCAAGAAUAUGUUUGCCUUGCUUUAUUUUCUUAAUUGAGAAAAAAAGAAGAAAAAAAAAAGCAUAACAUUAGGGAGAUGUACUUGGGCAAUAUUGACAAUGUAAAAAGCUAUAGGAUUUUUUUUUGUUUUUUCAUCCCUGAUAUGUUGAAUGUUUCACAAAUUAUUAAGUAAUGUGUGUUUGUUGGGAAAUAUUCUCCAUGUUAACAUGACCAUAAAAAAAAAAAAAAAACUUGGCCUCAAAUAUAAUCUUCCAAUCACAUUACAUUUUAAGACACACAAAACUUCAGCCUUGACCGGAAGGACAAUGAGUCUAAGAUCUGCACUUUAUAAAGUAUGUUUCCCGGCAGGACACCCAUUCAUUCUUUGUAUGUAUUUUUUACCUUUGUCAAAGCUGUUUUGUUUUCAUGUUAUUUUUUUUAUUUAGUUUUAAAUAAAAGGGAUGGGUAGUAUGCAUCUAAAAAAAAAAUUUAUUUUAACCAAACAAUCCUACAGACUAUGUGUCAGUGGUUAUUCACCAUCUGCCAAGCUAAGUCCUUGCCUUCCUGAAAGUGAAAAGUAUAGUUUGUGUCUACUUUUAUAGUACUGUGUUACUGUAUCAUUUGUUUGCUGUAUGUAACAGAUACACAAUAGUAAACAACAUUUACCUGC